CUUCAACCUCAUAUUUCUCAUUCCAUUCCCCAUUAUUUACUGUACUCUCAUUAUAAUUCUCGAAGACGUUCAUUACAAUCUCCUCGAACCCCUUUCAACCCUUUCUGUUUGAUUUUAGAGAACAAAACCUCGAUUUCAUCCCAUCACUACCUAGGCCACGGUGGAUUGGUUGUCGUGCCACCGAAUAACCCAAAACACAAUUCGAAUUUAUAUACUGUAGUAUAUGCGGUAGAUGGUUUGAACUAUCUGGAUUCUUGUCAUUUCAUAUUCCACGAGGUCAACUCGAAGAUCAUUCAGGAGAUCUGCGAAAAAGCACCGAAACCUGGCGCAUCAAGACUCGAAUCUCACUGUCCAGUAUCCAAAAUGUUCUACAGUCACGAGAUCUUGACGAGUCGGAAAUAUGGAGUGGCCACCGUGUGGUUGGUUGGAACUCUUGGCCCAACGUCGACGGCGUUGAAAGUCAAACGAAAGCAGAUCCUCGGCGUUGAUGUCAGGAAGGCAUGCGAGACUAUCAUACAACCCGAGGCCCCAAUGGCACUAAGGCUUCAGAGCAGCUUGCUAUACGGAGUUUCUCGAGUCUAUAAUCAACAGUGUGGCUACGUCCUCCAUGAUGCACAGACUGCCCAGAAUAACAUGAGGGCUCUCCUGAAGGUCAUGAAGAACAAUGCCAUCGAUCUCAAUGCCGGCGCAGCACGCCCUGACCAGCUCAUGCUCAUGGACGAUCCGGCAUUCGAACCAGGCCUGGCUCUGCCAUCCCUCUCGCCAUUGGAUUUCAGCACGCUCGACCAAGGAUUCAAGGACUCGCAGUAUUCAAUGCUUUCAUCAUUGAAGUCAUCUAAUGCGUCUGUAAUCUCUAAUUCUUCUCAAGCUUCUAUCUUUGGCUUGCAAAUUCCACCUUCGAAUAGUGAUAUCACGGGACAAUUCCAACUUCCUGGGCGCUUUCAAUUGGGAUCUUCUGCUCAGAAAACACCAAGUGGCGUGAAUCCAUUCGAUGGCGACGAACCAGGCCUGUUGGAUGACCUCGAUUUCGAGUUCGAUGCUGAUGGUGCCAUGGUUGAAGUGAAUGCAGCAGAGCUCGAACGCCGAAGGGCGGGUGUUUACCUAGCUGGGACUGGGCGUCUUCAAAGCGGCUCUGCUGCCAGCGAGAGAGUUAGGCGUGAUCAUGAGGAGGCGCUCAUUGGCCGCCCAGGCAGACUUGAUGAUGAUGGAGAUUUCAUAAUGCAGAUGGACGACGACAUGAAUAUUCUUCCCGAUGCGGAGGCAUUCCCAAAACACCAGGGAGCUAAGCAACGUGGAGAUAACGAAUCUAGCCUCGAAGAAUCUUCAGUCUCGGCGGAAGUACCAAUGAAGAGGAAGCGGCAACGAAAGGCUCUUAAAGUCAUCUCAGACGUGGAUAUCCGUCUUGGUAUUCGCAACUCUGAGCUCAGCGAGUGGCAGACGAACUAUGUUCAGAACAUGGCCAAGGAUAAACAUGUGAAACUUAUGAGAACCAUCAAUAAGUUUGCAGUGGCUAAUGCGAGCAUUUUCAUCUGGGGAAAUGGGAUUGGAGGUAUCGGCAGAACAAUCCGGUCCUCUGGCAAUGUUCCACACCCCCUCGAUAUCUUCAGCGGAGACAAGCUGAAGGAACUUCUCACUGGAGUAGCGAGUUCCCCAGACCGCCGCAAGAAAAGAGCCCGUUCGGCUUUCGAUGGGAAUGACGGAGAAGAAGCCCGCAACGUUCGUUCCCGACCUGACUUGGAGCCUCAGCUCCCACGUGCUGUCGAGGAGGAUGCUUUCAUGCCAAACUUUGACGACGAGAUGAUGCCAUACCCUGAUGAUUCAAGUGGCGUAGAGCAAGGAAGAGAGGCAUUUACGCCGCUUCGAGACCAUCACUCGUCAGCCAUGCCAUGGAAUGUAUCGGCAUCUGUCAACUCGUUCCGCCAGAGGUCGUCUUCCGUGGUGCCUGGACAAGGGCGCCAUUCAUCAGUUAUCCCAAGCAGACCAGGAUCCAGGCACCCAUCUGCUAGCCCCUUACUUGGCCGUGGCAGGCUUCUCAGUGACAAUGACAUGGAGCUUCCUGCUGGAGUUGCGGGAAGCACGUCUGGUCUUGAAAAUGAAGAGUUUGAGGCCCUCGGACCAUCUGCCGCCGUUGAUACCCAGACCGCUCAGAACAGCCAGUGGGUGGCGGAUGCAUUGGAGACUGAGUCGCUCAAUUUCCUGGAGUUUGUGAGGUGCUCAUAUCGGGAGGCGGAGGCGGAUCUGGAAGACCAGGACUCCCAGAAAAUUGACGAUGGACCUAAAGAGAAAUGGGUCGGCUUUGAAACUUUAUUCCCCCCACAGGAAAGUCACCGCAUUGUGGCUGCUCAGGCCUUUCAUCAUGUCCUCAGCUUGGCAACUAAGAACUUGUUGGAAGUCACCCAAGAAGAAGGCGGGAUGGAUAGGGAUUUUGCUAUACUUGCUAUACUUGCUAUAUAA